AGGUAAAGCUCAGAGCUGAGGAUGGAAUCUCAUGCCCCCACCCAGGUCCUUCCCUUCUUCCCUCCCUCCCUGGCGCCCAUUAGCUAGCCCGGGCCGUGGGGGCGGUGGCUGUGGAGACUCCUCUCUGUGCCAGGCCCAGCCCCCGGAGACGCACCUGUUCUGACCUGCUGAGCAGGUUCCCAGGUUUCUGCCUUCGUUGUUGGCCACGGCGUGGGAAGCAGCUCUGGGGGAGCUCAGCGCUCCCGAUCACGGCUUCUUGGGGGUAGCCACUGCUGGGUGGGUACAGCAGGGCCAGGUCCCCUAGUGGAGGCCCAAGCAAGAUAGCAGGUGUCAGUGCCCAGGGCUCCAAGGCUUUUUGCCUUCUGGGUCAGUGCCUGAUCCAGCUCUAGAGGCGGCUCCCAGGGAGAACUGGUGGAACUUCAGAACCACUGGCAGGUCUGCCUUUCAACCAAUGCCCCUGUCCCUGGGAGCCGAGAUGUGGGGGCCUGAAGCUUGGCUGCUGCUGCUGUUCCUGACAUCCUUUACAGGCCAGUCUCUCGCAGGUGAAUUGGAGACCUCCGACUUGGUGACGGUCGUGCUAGGCCAGGAUGCAAAGUUGCCUUGCUUCUACCGUGGAGACCCGGAGGAGCGAGUCGGGCAGGUGGCAUGGGCUCGGGUGGACGCGAACGAGGGCACUCGAGAGCUGGCACUACUGAACUCUGAAUAUGGACUUCACGUAAGCUCAGCCUACAAGGGCCGCGUGGAGCAGCCCCCGCCCCCACGGGACCCUCUGGACGGUUCCGUGCUCCUGCGCAACGCUGUGCAGGCGGACGAGGGCGAGUACCAGUGUCGAGUCAGCACCUUCCCUUCUGGCAGCUUCCAAGCGCAGCUGCGGCUCCGAGUGCUGGUGCCUCCCUUGCCCUCACUGAAUCCUGGUCCACCACUGGAAGAGGGCCAGGGUCUGACAUUGGCAGCCUCCUGUACUGCUGAGGGUAGCCCUGCCCCCAAUGUGACCUGGGACACGGAGGUCAAAGGCACAACAUCCAGCCGCUCCUUCAAGCACUCCCGCUCAGCUGCCGUCACAUCAGAGUUCCACCUGGUGCCUAGUCGCAGUAUGAAUGGACAGCCACUUACCUGUGUGGUGUCCCACCCUGGCCUGCUCCAGAACCGAAGGAUCACUCAUACCCUUCAAGUGGCCUUCCUAACUGAGGCCUCUGUGAGGGGCCUUGAGGACCAAAAACUGUGGCAUGUUGGCAGAGAAGGAGCUAUGCUCAAGUGCUUGAGUGAAGGGCAGCCACCUCCUUCAUACAACUGGACACGGCUGGAUGGGCCUCUGCCCAGUGGGGUACGAGUAGAAGGGGAUACUCUGGGCUUUCCCCCAUUGACUACUGAGCACAGUGGCAUCUACGUUUGCCAUGUCAACAAUGAGUUCUCCUCGAGGGAUUCUCGGGUCACUGUAGAUGUUCUAGACCCUCAGGACCCUGGGAAGCAGGUGGACCUAGUGUCGGCCUCGGUGGUGGUGGUGGGUGUGAUCGCCGCACUCUUGUUCUGCCUUCUGGUCGUGGUAGUGGUGCUCAUGUCCCGAUACCAUCGGCGCAAGGCCCAGCAGAUGACCCAGAAAUAUGAGGAAGAGCUGACCUUGACCCGGGAGAACUCCAUCCGGAGGCUGCAUUCCCAUCACUCAGAUCCUAGGAGCCAGCCGGAGGAGAGUGUAGGGCUGAGAGCCGAGGGCCACCCUGAUAGUCUCAAGGACAACAGUAGCUGCUCUGUGAUGAGUGAAGAGCCUGAAGGUCGCAGUUAUUCCACACUGACCACUGUGAGGGAGAUUGAAACACAGACUGAACUGCUGUCUCCAAGUUCUGGGCGGGGAGAGGAGGAGGAAGAUCGGGAUGAAGGCAUCAAACAGGCCAUGAACCAUUUUGUUCAGGAGAAUGGGACUCUUCGAGCCAAGCCCACAGGCAAUGGCAUCUACAUCAAUGGGCGGGGGCACCUAGUCUGACCCAGGCCUGCCUCCCUCCCUCGGCCUGGCUCCUGCUGCUGACAUGGGAUUUCAGCUCAUCUUGGGGGACCUCCUUAAAUGCCCUUCUUUCUUGAGGAAGAUGCUUCCCACUCCACUGACUGCUCGACCUUUUCCUCCAACCCUUCUGUUCAUCAGGAGUGCCCCACUCCCAUCAUGUGUGCAGGUCACUGUGUGCGUGUAUUUGUGUUGUAAUGUCCACUGUGUGUGUAUGAGUGGGUGGGGGGCAGCUGUCCAUGGUGUGUAACAUACUGUCAUGUUACAGUCUGAGUGAGUGGUGAUGUAGGAUUUGGAUGGCUUCGUAUGGAACGCUGUCAAGCUUUGGUUUGUAUGUUGUGUGGCUGUGAGUGACCUCUGCCUGCAAGUGCAGGUAUUUUUCUCAGAUCCCAGAGCAGUAUUAGUGAUGCAGAAAUUGGAGAUGAGAGGUGGAUACUGUGGGCCAGAUCCAGGUGUGCGGGCAUAGCUGGAGCUGGAAUCUGGCCUCCAAGGUGGAGGAGCAAGAUUCUCACCACUUGGGAGUUGUGGGGCAUGUGAAGCUGCCACCUAGGGACUGCUUGGACUGUUACAUAAGAAGCCCUCUGCCCUCUGGUGGCCUGUGGGCCUGCUGCAUGUAUAUAGUUUCUGUAAAUAAACCUUCCCUGGGAGCUUUCAGAGUACUAUUCUGACUCCCUUAAUGACAGACA